CAACAUGGCGUCCAAAAUGGCGGCACAACAAAUCAAUGACAACAGCAACGAGUCAGUGAGACCACAGUGAGACUGAAAGUUUUUUGCGCCUUAGACGGUAGUCCUUCAUGGCCGAAGUGCCAGUUCUUCAUCCUCUCUGAAAUUUAGUAGUGGAGCGAUUUCCUUCGUUGAAAUGCUUUCAAAGUAUUCAUCAAGACGAGUGACACGCUCAGAGAUCAUAGCACAUACAGCUUUCUUUCUGAGCUUCAUCGUCACCAUAACAGCUCACGACUGUCACCGCAGGCUGGAAACCGUGUGGCAGUCAGAUUUUGGAUCAUCUCCUGUCGUAUCAAGCGCUCUUGUGGCGGACUUCAAUGGCGAUAAUGUUAGAGAUGUCCUUGCCACUUCCUUGGAUGGUCAGGUAUCAGUUGUUGAUGGACGGUCAGGUCUUAACCUUGCUGGAUGGCCAGUAACUCUACCCGGAAAACUCUUAUUCGCUGCACCUCUACUGCCAGUUGGCUGUAUCAGAACAAGGAUUGUCAUCAGAGGAUCUUCAAAAUUAUUUGGGAAGUGCCAUAAUUGUGUUCAAUCUUCACACAAAACAGCUUGUGUUCUCAUCAAUUUUGCAUGUGUCCAGGGAGGUGGGAUUGUUGUGGGAACAUCCUCAGGAACUGUUUACUUUAUAAAAAGCUCCUUAAAUGAACCUUUGUCCCUUAGUACCAUGGACAGUGUACCUGGCCAAGUCAUUAUAUCAGGUGUGAAUCAAGAUGGCGUAUUGGAAAUUCUAGCAAUAGACAACAGUGGCAAUAUUGCUUGCAAGGAUCUUAAUGGGAAAAUGGUGUGGGAGGCCACAGUUUCCAGUUCAAGUGCUUCAGGAAUCCGUGUUGCUGAUGUGGAUGGAGAUGGUUUUAUGAAAGCUGUUGUUGCUACGUUUGAUCAUAGUUAAUCGAUUAACUAUGGUUUGAUGGGUAUCUAUGGGUUCUAGAAGGAGACAGUGGUAAGGUACUGGACGGAUGGCCUGUCAAAUUACCAAGUGAAGUACGAGCCACAGUUCUGGUUACUAAAAUAGUUCCUGGAGAAAGUAGUGCCGCAGAUAUGGUAAGUAACCUUUUAAUCGCGAAGAUUUUGCCACAUUACGAAGAUCGCCUGCUACCCAAGUGAAGUGCGAGACACAGUUCUGGUCACUAAACUAGUUCCUGGAGAAAGUCAUAGCUUCUCUCCGUGUCUAAAAACGUGUUUUUUAUGUGAAUUUCUAUGAAUAAAGGUAACCAUGAAACAUGGAUUAGAGCCAUGCAUCUUAAGGAGAAGCAGGUCAAGUUGCCCCGUGUUAUCACUAUGUGACAAGUUGAUCCACAUCCUUCCUUAGCUAGUUCCCCUGGUUAAUGGCCAGAUGGCGAUCAUACGGGGUAUUGAUCGCUGCACAGAACUGAUCAAUGUUGGUAAGACUGAGCUGGGGAGUGCAGUUAGUGCUGUGGGAGGACAGGUUGGAGCUGGUGCUAGGGGCUGAUGAUGGGACCCUGUCGUGUUUAGGAAAUGCGCCCAAUGCACCGACAGAUAAUGGAAUUUCCGGCGUUUGAGUGGAUACGAAUUAACCGGAAAUGAAAUAUUUCUGGACUGGGGCAAUUGAGGUGCAGCAUGGGUAGAAUGGGGUGCUAUAAAAGGGAUGGUUAUCACGUGGAGAAGCAUUCUAGGCCGACACCUCGUCUUGCUCACAUUAUUUUUUAGUACAUGUUUGAUUAACUAGUGACAGUUCGAGUUUCGCAGGGGUUUCUUAGCUUGUUUGCGUUUCCUAAAAUUAUUUAGAGUUUUCCGUGCUUUGUUGGAACACAUGUUCAGUAAAUAAGGGUAAAGACCUUCCAGCCGUGUAGCCUUCGUAGGAUGGGCUUUUCAGAGCAUGAGCCAUGGAUCCUACCCAGAUUUCCUGCCGAGUUUUCUGGCCUCUGUUCUGACUGUAUUCCGUGUAAACUGUCGCUCAGCUCUGUUCUAGUUUUUCCACCAAAUGUUUGAAUGUAACAGAGGUUGUUGUAUAACGUAUUGUUAUAUGUGCGAUGCUCGGCCGAAACAGCCAUAAUAAACCUAAUGGUUUUUCUAAUUCAUGUUGUACUGCGCAGUGGAGCCGAAAUGGUAUGUACUUACUAACAAUUUUGUUUCUCGUUUGUUUCACGAUGUAGUCACAUGUGAUGUAGAGCGAUCCACAUCACACGUGACUACAUCGUGAGACAAACGAAAAACUGAACUUUUAUUGUUAUUCACCACGAUGAAUAACCACAACUUUUUCUACGAAAUUUUGUUUCUGUUUGCUUUUGUAUUUAUUCAAUCAAAUAUGAAAAUUAGAUUUUUAAAAAUCUUUGGCUAAAUUUAUUAGCUAAAUCGAUCAAAGUCUGACGACAUCAGUGAAGUUUUUACCCACAAUAUUGCCUUUAACAACACUCGUGCAACACUCCAUGUAAACUUGCACAUGAAUUGAAUCGCUUCAUGUAUUUAAAUUACCAGGGAAGUAAAUUGUAUUCUUACGGGUGUUACAUAUCAAGGAUCCAUAGGAAUCAUAUUAAAUUGCUGAAAGAACAGCUUUUUACGACUAAUAACUAUUAUAAUAAAGUUCGGAUAUAACGCGCGCUGUCAUUGGUUGAAAGAGCGUGCUCUAUGAGAGUAUAGAGCAUAGAACUGAGCUAAAGCUGUCACGCCAUCUGUCAAAUUGUACUAUGUUCGACUUUUUCCGGGACUUCUUUUUAGCUUUUUUCUGAUAAUUGAAAGUGAAAUUUCGGAACAAGCGAGCCGGCAAGUAGUAACAGAAGAACCAAAGAAAGGUUUGUAAACAUACCAGGCGCCGUUAUUUACGUUAUUAAAACGUGGGCAGAUACGAAAAUCCUCAAAGGAAAAACAAAAUAGACAUUCCAAGUUUUAAAGAUUUUCACGCUCAGUUAGAUUGCAAGCUUACGUACGGUAAUGAAAAUCAAACACAGCUAACACUCGUAUAGUAUAUAAAGUUCAGUGUUCAAAUACAAAACUGAAAAAAAAGGAAUGAUGAAAAAUAUAACCAAACUGGCAUAACUGUUAAAAUUCAUUCUAAUCAUGACGGUGUCUGCGCGAAUAUGAUCAUGCUGAAGUCCAUCGCGGCUCGCUUAUCAUGGCGAUCUCCGGUCAUCACAGUAAAGCAAGCCUCAGAAACUACAUCGGCCGCCCUUCGAGUAAAAAAAUAAGAGCUUGCUCUGAUAUCCUUUCCGAUGCAUUGAAUGGAAAGUCACAUCAGUUACUGCAGCCGAGUUUUGCCGUGCUGUCAUCCCGAGCGAUCUUCAUGUUCCGGUGAAUUCGGCUGUCGUUCAGGUUGCAUGCAAAUUGGUUACAAAAAUUUUGCUCUGGCAAAGAAAGUUUACGGACUUCAUUUAAAAAACAACUUAUCACACAAAACACAAGUUUGGAGAAUUAAGCAUACACGUGUACGACUGGAACUUAAUUCGACGACUUGAUACAAAAAUUUCCUUUGAAACACAUAGCAGUUUUGAGUAUUGCAAAGUCGCUUGUAGUGAAUAUUUGAGGAGUUACAAACAGGUUACGGACGGCAUUUAGUCUAAAUUAAUGAGAAGAUUCAAAAUGAAGACAAACAUUUCAUUUUACCAACACAAAAUCGAUCCUCACUGGGAAAAACUAAGCGCUAUGUGACCCUCAGCCUUUGGCCUCGGGCUGUUCUCGAGACCAAGAAUCACAAUGUUUUCCCAAUAUAGCCCUUUCGCCCACUUAAUAACAAACAGAUGUACCUUGCAUGUAGAGAGCUUUGAAAGCACUGUCUAUGUUCGGUGAAAAGUUGUACUGAUACAAUAGCCCUACACCUCUAUUAUCUGCUAAAACUUUGGACAAAAAGAUGUAAAACUCUUCACAACGGCCAUCUGCAGACAAUUGAAGCAUCAAAAUAUUAAUGAUAUUGGUUUCAAUAUAUUUGUAAACUAUAUACUGGGAAUUAUAUUAAAAUCACCUGAACGUACCUCACCUCUUCACAACAUUUCUACCCAAAUGAAUUACUUCGGUCCUUUAUCACAUCGAAUACGAGGCGUUUCAAACUUGUUUUAUUUUGUCCUAAUAAUUUCGCUGUUAUUUUUGUAAACUAACCCGUUGCCACCUUGUUAUGUUUUAAAUCUCUUUCUUUUUCUGGGACAGUUUUAAUGGCCACUUCAAAGAUGACAUAGCACAACUGAAUGUCUUCUCUUGAUUCUUCGUGCGGUUGGACACAAGUGAAUGCAGAUGUACUGCCAACGAUGAUGACGGGGAAAAAGCGUUCGCAGUAAAUGAAAAUAAAGACGACAGAGUACUUAAACUAUGUGUUUAGUUUUGUACCAGCUGCGCCCCACGUUCUCGGUCUCGUUUUGAAACCAGAGUAACAUUCAGUGCAUAAAUAACGAUAUUGUCUUUGUUACGAGACACUUUUUUGUUAUCAAUCCUACAGUUUUCAUUUGCAAUCUAUUAUUUCCUACGCAGAUGCUGGGAUAGCCGAUAAACAUACUGAACAAGUUAUUUAAUCGCUAAAAAAUGCGACAAUCACUUUAAUUCUUACACGAGAGUUCUUUCACUGCAAGUCUCCCUUCAAAGUCUCUCUGAUUAUUCAGUAUUGCUAGUACAGCCAAUCUAUCAAACAAAAACUAGUAACAAGAGAAUAUAAACCGUCCCUAAACAAUAGAAAAGCAGUUUCUGGCUCCCUAACCAGUCCAUUUUGUUUCUUUAGCUGAAAGCUUUAUCGCAUGAUUCUCAAAACUUUUUAAAUCCUUUUCUUGGAUGAAAACAGAACACAGAACAGCUUUCCAGGCCCGUUAAGUUACAGGGUUUUUUGAGAAAUGAGCCACCGGUGUCAAAUGUGGGUUGAGUUUGUCGCUGGUUUUCGUCCUUGCUCCAAGGGUUGUUCUCCAGGUCCUCAAGUUUUCCCUUCCUCCACAAUAUUCUAUAUUUCAAUUCGACCUAGAAACCGAGGACAAGAAUAGCCACCUUACGGAAUGUCCACUGCCAAUUGACAAAUCGUCAUUGGUUUAGCGUGGUCUGUAUUCUUAUCCAACAUUUUUUAUCACAGUAGUCAAAAUGUUGUGGAUUCACGAGGCGCUCACUCUUAAGCUAUCGAGUUCAGCACCCGAAGUUACCCGCGCCUGUGUGCUAUUAUUCUGAAGAAGCUUGUUCGGCAAGGAUGGCUAGAUAUUACCCUUGUUCUUUUUUUGUGCGUUUGUAGACCUUGAUUUCGCCUCGGUCCUUAAAAACACGAAAAAAAACUCGGGGAACAUUCAGCCAUCUUGACCUUACCAUUGAUCAGUAAUGCUGUGUAAAAGAGGUUGUAGUUAUUCAUCGUGGAAAAUAACAAUAAAAGCUAAGUUUUUCGUUUGUCUCUA